AAAGGCUGUCCGGGCAUGCUGCGAGUUGUAGUUUUGCAACAGCUGGAGGCACUCUGGUUGGGGAAACGCCGCCAUAUACUUUAUUAUGGCCUGGCUUUCCAUAGACUCUGAUCUUAAAGGGGUAUCCCCAUAUGAUGAAGUGACACCUUUAUUACUGUCCUGAGUAUAAAGGUGUUGUAGCACCGCCUGCUGUCCUAUGUAGGGAACCUUCAGCUCUACAGAACACAAUGGCUGCUCUGGAUAGAUACAAAGACUCUGGAUUUCAGCAGACCAAUGGGACAGUGAGUGGACUCAAGCAUGGGAGCAGCUCUUCCUACACAGAGUGGCAGACUCCUCAAUUAUCCGGAAAACCUCUGAGUAGAAUUUCUGCUACGGAACAUGUUGAUGACUUUUGCAAUGCCAGUGGUAGUACAACAUUCCAGCCAAUCAGAAGCCAUGUCACUAUUCCAACAGCACACGUUGUGCCUUCUACCAUGGCAACGUCUUCAUGUAUUGCAAGAAUAUAUGGCCGAACCAGCCCUUCCACAGAAUCUGCUGUACAUGGCUUUCCCUUUGUGUCCUCUGCAGACCGUUCCACAGUUGAAGACACUAGAAAGUUUGAAAUGCCUAAUAUUGAACCUACCAUGAACCAGUCUGCUUUGUUAAAUACCCUUGGCACAGAUGGUAGAACUGACUUUCCUACAGCAAUUAUCAAUAGAGAUGUGGAGCCGUACAAGGCUCUUCCCGAAAGCAAGGAAAUUGGACGUGUGGAGCUAGCUCAUAGACCUGCAUACCACUCUUCACAUCUACAAAGUCAGGUCUGGCGGCCAGAUUCCUAUAGUACCCAGCCAGCAGCAGAAUAUGGCUCAUGGAAGCAGCAACAACAGUAUGCAGAUCAUUUACGAAUGAAGAUGGAGAAACUGCAGAUUGUUAGAGACUAUUCUACAGCACCAACAUACGCUGCUGGACUUCAUACGAUCCCAAAUGAGUGGGAGCGAGUUGUUAAAGCUAGUGACAACAUUCUUCUUGAAAAGGAGAUGAUGAUAGAACGGCAGCGUCAGCAUAUUGUAGCCCUGGAACAGAAAUUACGGGAGGGAGAGGUGCAAGUCCAUAACGCGUUGAUGAGCCAGGCCAGUCCAUACAAUGAUAUGUGUCUGAUGAGAUUACAGGACUUGCAGCGAGAGGUUACAUUCUUAAGAGCACAGUUUGCUGAAAAGACUGAUUCUGCUAGCAGAGAGAAGGCAGAGUUGGAGAAGAAACUUUGUGCCAUGGAGGCAGAGAGUAGAGGCCUAAAAGAGGCAAUGAAGGAAGCAGCGCAAAAACAUUCCGAUGAAAUGAAAAAGCAAGAGGAGCGUGUGAAAGGAAGGGAGCGUCAUAUUAAUUCAUUGAAGAAAAAAUGUCAGAAGGAAGCGGAACAGAAUAAAGAAAAGCAGCAGAGGAUUGAGACUCUGGAGAGGUACAUGGGCGAUCUACCCACCUCACAGGACUACAAAAAACAAGUGCUGCAGAUGAAAGAACUUCAGGAGCAGAACUGCCUCCUCCAGGACCAAGUGAGCGAUCUAGAGAAAAAGCUGGGAGAAUCCAGAACAAACUGCAGGGAAAGUGAGGCUCAGAUUGCAGCUCAGAAGUCAAAGGAGCAGGAGCACAUAGACACCAUUAAAAGUUUACAAAGGGAAAUAAAGAAGUUAGAAAUGACAGACUGGAAAGUAGAAGAAAAACGUCUGACAGGAGAGGCAGAUAAAUUACGAAAAGAAGUGGAAACUCUACAUAAAGAGCACGAUUGCUUCCAAAAAGUAAUAGAAACCCAUAAGAAGAGAAUUGAACAGCUGUGCAGUAAAGUGAAAGAUUUAGAAGAACAGGUCUGUCAAGAAGAAGCAACAGGACAAGCUCUAAAGGCAGAAUCUGAGCAAAAAGAAGCUGCACUUCAGCAGCUGAAAGCAGCUGUACGUGAUUUGGCCACGCAAAACCAGGAUCUAAUGGAGCGCAAUGUCACAGUACAGGAACAUCUGCGGCUUGCUUCAGUAAGGGCUCAGCCAGCAGAUGGACAAGCCAGUCAACUCUUCACACUAUAUAAAGAAAUGAAUCGCUGCCAGAAGAAUUUGCGAUCAAUAUGCUGUUUACUAAGCCAAAGAGUUCAGGGUGUAGACCCUAACCUGUCCAUGUUACUAGGAGUACACUCUGCUGCGGAUUUGGAUGAUCCGGAAGAGGAUUUAGAUUUCUUUUCUGUUGAAAGAUACUUAAGUGGAGUGGAGAAACUGAAGAGAGACAUUGAGGAGCUGCGUACUACCAUCAGUGAUUGUUACGCACAAGAUAUGGGAGAUAACUGUAUUGCACAGUGACUGCAUGUGUGCUCUAAAAGAGAUGGCCAGGAACAGCUAAAAAUUGUAUCUCUGCUCUAAAGAGAACUAUGGCAGCAUUAUACACUGGCUUUUUAAUGUUGCACAAGACCAGCAAUGUACCUCCAAAUAGCAGAUUACCUGCAUGUAUCAAAGAGAGAGCCAAACCAGGUUAUCAAACAACCUAAUAGUCUGGCAUGUUGUGGUGGACUGACAGACCUAAACUGACAUGACUGUUCUAUGUAGAAUGUUCAUAUUUAUUCUAGAUGUAAGACUUACUGUUUUUGUGUUUUUCAAUUGCAAUAAAUGAUUAUAAAUUUCUUGUUUU